AUGCACCGAGCUCGAUUGGGAUCCCCUCUUUUUCUAGGUCAAGCAUGGCGUACCGUCGUUCAUCCACAAGGUGAAACAAACCUCGACCUCUCCCCGGAACCUAUGGCACGACCCGAUAUGCGGAUCCCCACCUGGACGACACCGUCGCUAGUAUCGAGCAGUCCCACGGGGUCCGAUUCCAGCGCGUCAUUGUCCACCGACUGGUCGAAAACACCACCCGUCUCCUGUUCUACGACUUGCCACCCGACUCCACUUUCGACUCGCCGAAAAUUGCGGGGGUUUUACCCUCAUUCAGCCUUAGAGACUACUCUCCGCGAGACCUACGAUCCCACUGCGGACAGCUACCCCGAAUCUCGGUACGCUUUUUAUGGCCCCGAAUCGACAUCGAGUCUCUGGGGGGAUUCACCGAGGACGAGGGGCUUCGCGUUGAAGAGACGAUCGGGGACGAGGUCUUUGCUUGGAUGUGCUCUGAUUGUUUUUGGGGCGAGUUGGUUCGCUGUGGUUAUGUUUCAGAGGGAGUGUCGCGGGAGGGAAUUGGUGAGCAGGGAAAAGCUCUCGUCGUUGGUCUUGGUCGAAAAAGAAGCACAAGUCCUACCCGUUGAGCCGAGUUCAACAUCUGGUGUUGCUGGUACCUCUGAGCCGAGGAAGAAGAGGACGAAGCGCCACUCCGCAUCCGACCGGUACGGAGUCGAUUGGUCGAACAAGAUCCCAUCAUACUCAGAUUCCCCGACGACGACAUGGAAGACGAUGGCACCUACGUCCGCUUUUAG